AUGGAGCUGAAUGGUUUUGGUCCGAUCGUAACAUCCAUCAAGAAGUACCUUCUUGCAAAGCCAGAGGAAACCGUAGACUCGGCCUUGAGAGAGCCUUCAAUUUUAAUAUCGUUACGACAACAUGACGCCACAAUCACCAAAGAAUCGUUCGACCGAUACAAAUCUUUCAAAAAUGAUUUUGAAACAUACUUGGUGCCAGUGACAAAAUCUAGUGAAACGAAUUGUACGAGUGCAUUGGAAUUCAUUCAAUCUAUUCUGAAUCAUCCAACUAUUAUUUUGCACAAUCAAAGAGUACAUCAAAAUAUGGAGGAGAAGAAGAAGGAGAAAGAGAAAGAGAAAGAGAAAGAGAAAGAGAAAGAGAAAGAGAAAGAGAAAGAGGUAGAGGAGGAGAAGAAGAAUCAACACAAUAAAGUCAAUUGGAAUCAACACACAAUUAAUCAAUUUCAAAAUAUUGAAAAAGAAUUUGGAAAAUAUCACAAUGAAGACAAUUAUAAAACUGAAUCUCAAGCAUGGAUCAACUCAAUCAAACAAUCAACUUCACCAAUUCCACUCAAAAAUAAUAAUUCGCGAUGGAUAAAAGCCAAUGACAACUACAACAAACUAAUCAUAAUAAAUGAAUUUAUACCAAAGUUUAAAUUGGCACCUCGCAACUUUAUUUUAUCUACAAAGUUUCUCCAACAGUUUCUUCAACAAUUCUAUAACGGUUCCGAUUUCAAUCGAGAAGGAAGUUAUCUGGAUCAUCUUUCAUUAUUAAUCAACAUACCGGAACAGUUCAAACAAAAUUUUUAUACGUUUAAACAUCCUCUUACCGUUUGUCAAUUCAAUUUGGAUCGUGAAUCACAUUGUGGACACGUGCCACCAGUAGAUUCAGUCGACCACACCAAUGCACACACAAUAUGUAUGUUUGCAGCAUCCAACAAUUUAACUCUAACUGUCCCGAAGCAAAAGAAAGAGUCGGAAUGGCGUAUCCAGAGUAUACGAUGUGGAUCACUGGAUUCCGAACCUCAUAUUGAAAAGAAGAACCAAUGGAUUAGAGACCUAUCAAAGCCAAAUUCAAUCAUAGAGGUUACGUCUCAAAAACAAACGUCUAUCAAUUGGACAUCAACCAACGCUUCAACCGCCUCUGUGAAACCCAACCAAGAACAUUUCAAUUCACCAUUUUUUGUUGGCUGUGAUAUAAACUAUCAAGGAAUGGAAUCAAUUCCACCGAAUUGUGAUAUAGGUGUCAUAUUCAGCGAUCCAACCAGUAAAUGGCAUGUUGGACUUACCGCAGAUGACACUGAUUUCAAUCCAUCUUUUAAAAAGCUCGGUAAAAUUAUUAAUACGGUGUUUAAAGAUAAAAAGGUGCUUCCAAAACUCUUUAUAACCAAUAGUUACUCCUCUACAAAUUAUUCACCUUUUGGAAUUCCGGAGCAAUCACUACCUCAUAUAUUGGCAUGGUUGGAUCAGAUAAUUGAAGGGAACCACAAAGUGAUUAUAUUGGCAGAUUGGGAAUCUCAGAGCUUCAUCUUACAUCUUUUCUCGGGCAAGCCAAUUCAAAAUUCACUCUAUAACAUCUCAAAUCAGAACUCUGGUAAUAUCGAAUCCUACAUCCUUUACCACUCUGGACGACCAACAACAUUGUUCAUAUUUGCCAACCAUCCGACCCCAGGAGUUAUGAAGCCUGAGUUGGAAUUGGCAAGCAGACUAUUGGCGAAGUAUGAUGGAGAUUCCAAACAUUUCAUACUAGAUCCAGCCAAGGAAAAGAAACUUAAUUUUAAAACCAAACCAUCGGAUGCUACCAACACAGUCAGUUACGAUUAUGAUGGUAAUAUUAAUUAG